CCCAUACUUUCAGUCUUGCGCAUGCGUACUUCUUAGUCUCUCAGACGGCAGCAGCCAGUAAACAUGGCUGUUGUUAGCUUCGGACGGCUAGCCCAGGCCCUCUGUAAAAGGAAAGUUUUUGGCAUUUCAGCCCAUUUGUCAGGAUAUAGGGCAGCCUCGGGUGGAUCAAAGGAUCAUCUACCUGGCCCAUUCCCGAUGACCCCCGAGGAAAGAGCUGCUGCUGCAAAGAAGUUCAAUAUGAGGGUUGAGGACUAUGAACCAAUUCCCGACGAAGGCGACGGUUUUGGUGAUUAUCCAAAGUUACCGAACAAAUCUCAGCAUGAGAGAGAUCCCUGGUACGAGUGGGACCACCCUGACCUGAGGAGGAACUGGGGAGAGCCGAUGCAUUGGGAUUUUGACAUGUAUAUCAGAAACAAUGUCGAUACAUCUCCCACCCCAACUGACUAUAAAACAAGACGGAAUAUCUUUUGCACUAUGGUCGGUGUCUUGUUUGUUUUCCUCUGCCUUGGGGAGAUGUAUCCAAAUUACCAACCUAUUGGAAAGAAACAGCUUCCCUACAACAAUCUGUACUUGGAGAGAGGAGGAGAUCCAGAAAAGGAACCAGAAGAAGUCAAAAACUAUAAAAUCUAGUUACUAAAAUCUGAUUCCACUUGUGUAUAAAUAUUUCUGUCAAGAAUAAAGAGUUCCGUGAACACCUAAAUUA